AAUUCCUUCACACACCUCAACUAUCCGACGGAUUUAUGAGCUCGACAGCCGCGAAGGACGAUUCCACGUCACCAACUAGUGCGGACAAGUCGCCGCCCUCCAGUUGGCGUAUCUUCCUUCUCGUGGGGUUGGUCGCGGCCGCAGUUGUAGGAGGGUUUCAAUGGUACACCUCGACAACAACCUCAUCAUCGUCGCGAGUGCUGCUUGAAUCUAUCGAUGGGCCCAAGACCGUAACAGUGUACGACAAUGGUCAAUCCUCUGGAGGGGUUCAGGUGACGCUUUUUCCAUCACAUGUGCCGUCGGGACAUGCUUUGGCCGCGUAUCUGUCAGAGUUCAUUGUUGUCGACGGUAUUCAGUUGGCCACGUUGCCACCAACCCCGGUCGUGGCCGAUCGCGUUUACACUGGACACGGCAUGCUCGUGAGCUCCUUCGACGACAUUGUCCACGGCGAUCGACUAUAUCUCGUCGCGCCAGGGCUGUUGUUUGUGUGGCCGUUUGUUACGUUAGGACACCGCGUUCACUUGACAGCCAAGCUAAGCCCCACGACGAAACCCAUCGUACUCGAGAGCUUCAGCGACAGUCCUCGGGUGUUCCACGUGCACAACUUCUUCACCGACGCCGAAGCCGACGCGCUCGUGGAUCGCAUCCUGACCAUCGAUGACGACUUGGACAAGCUUCAGCAGUCGCAUGUGGGGCACGUGAGCGGCGCCAAAAAGGUGUCGCGGCACCGUACGAGCGAGAACGCGUUCGACCAAGUCAGCGACACCGCCGUGUCGAUUCGGAAGCGGUCGUUCGACCUCCUUCGCGUCCACCCAUACCAGGACGACAUGUCGGACGGGCUCCAGCUGCUCCGAUACACCCAAAAGCAAGCGUAUAUUGCGCACACCGACUACUUUAGCACCCACACGAGCUCCGACUGGAACUGGAACCCCAAAGCCGGCGGAUCCAACCGCUUUGCCACCGUGUUCUUGUACCUGUCCAACGUCACCGCAGGCGGCCAGACGGUGUUCCCGCUAGCCGACAUGCCGCCCGGCCACGACCAUCCCCCCAUGUCCCCCGACGUCCAAGAGCUGGCCCAGUCUCUGUUUGAAGACAACAGCUGGGAAAAGGACAUGGUCACCAAGUGCUCGACCAAGCUGGCCUCCUACCCCCGUAAAACCCACGCCGUCCUCUUUUACAGCCAAAAGCCCAAUGGUUACCAAGUCCCCUAUGAGAUCGAUCGUACACAUCCUUGACGUUUGCAUACGGUGUCGCAUAUAGGGGAGCUCGACCCCCAGUCGUUGCACGGGGGCUGCCCUGUGUUAGAAGGCACGAAAUGGGCGGCCAACUUGUGGGUGUGGAACAAGCGGCGGUAUGGCCUCGAUCAAGCGCGCACGGACAAACUCAACGUCCGGUUUGUCAACCCGUCGAGUGUCGCCGUCGACUUGGCUUGGAAAGAGUCCAAGAUGGCCACGAUUCCUGCGGGCCACAGCGUCCCGUACAGCUCGUUCCACGGCCACGUCUGGGUAGAGUACAUCAUCGCAUAUUGUGUGACCUUGAACCAUCAUCGCAUAUUCUUCUAGUCAUUCCGACAAGCGGGGACAGACACUGUCUUGCACACGCACACGUUGUCCGUUGACGACGGGGUCGACCAAACCAUCUCGUUGCCCACUUCAACCUCUGGAGCUGUAGGGGAUGAGUUAUAACACUACAACCUAGUUAUAACAGAAAUACCAGUACAACCGAGUUAUAACAACUGGAACACCG